AUGGAGUCUAUCAAAGCCGUCUUCUGGAAGCCUGAUCCGCAGGCGCAGGUCCGGAAAUGCAAUCAGCUCAUACGACAGAAUACCCGCAAGCUGGAUCGCGAUAUCGCGAACCUGAAAGCCGUGGAGAACAAGACCAAGAGCCUCAUAAUAGCAGCCAACCGCCGCGCGCAGCGGAAUCCUGCCCAGGCCAAACAGGCCGCGCAAGAGACCCGGAUUUUUGCCCGCGAGCUUAUCCGCACACGGAAAACCACACAGAGACUCAUCACCUCGAAGGCGCAACUGAAUAGCGUUGCGAUGCAGGUCACCGAGGCCUUUGCGGUGAGGAAGAUCGAGGGGAGCAUUCGGGCGAGUGUGGGCAUCAUGAAGGAUAUCAAUAGUCUUGUACGGCUACCGCAACUGAUGGGCACAAUGCAAGAAUUGAGUCAAGAGUUAGUCAAGGCGGGUAUAAUAGAAGAGAUGGUCGGGGACAGCAUGCCAGACCAGUUGGAGGAGGACGACGAGGAGGCCGAAUCGGAGGUCGAUAAGGUCCUUGGGGAGAUCUUGCAGGACAAGAUGGGCAAGGUCGGGGCUACGCCUGUCACUUCUACACCCGUACAGGAACCCGGCCUGGAGGACGAAAACGACGAGGAGGCAGAGGCAAUGUUAGAUCAGAUGCGGGGUCGCUUAGAGGCUCUGAAGAGUUGA